CCGACCCGUGUGUGUUGUUGCUCGUGAAAACAGUGCGUCCGGUGGGCUUUUCUGUUGCAGGUUUGUCAGGGGCAACCGGGGUCAUACGACCCGGUUAUCGUUACCAGCCCUUUUAGAUUCCCCAGUGGUUUAUACUUAUGAAGAUAUCAAUCAAUAUCCAUCAAUAGGGCGGGUGACUGACGCCGCGGGUUCAGUGCAACGCGACCAUGGCAUCAGAUAUCACUCCUGAGGCGGUGGGCUUCCUCUCAGCCGUGGGCAUCUUUGUGGUCUUGUUGGCCAUACUCUUCCUCUUCAUCAAUAAGAAGUUGUGUUUUGCUCGUGUCGGAGGUCUGCCAUGCCUCGAGCAGUACAGCCGACGCAAGCGAAGAGACCGUGCAGGGAUUCACCAGGGUCUGGUGAAUAGUUACGGCGAUGACGGAGAGAUCUCCAGCUCAUCAGACAGCGACGAUGAGUUAGCCAAGCAUUUUGAGAUCUCCGUUUCCCGCUCUCAAAGCUUCCGUUCAGGGGUUACGGAGAUUAACCCCCAGAAUGCACCAGGGCAACAUCACAAAUUCAAUCGACUGCUUUCUGACCAGGAAGAAGGAAGCACAGAGCCUUCUGACUGUGAAGAAGCCGAGAGAAAGAGUGUCCAGAGUUUUCAAGACCCUCUCACAUCCAGGAGACGUGUAGGGUCUGAGCCGAGAGACCCUUUAUCUCAGAGUCCUCUUCCUGAGGGCCGGACCCCCACAGACCCCCUCUCUUUGAUGGCGGAGCAGAUCUCCGUGGGCUCCCAGGACACAGGGGAUGGUCUGGAGGCUCUACCCAGAGAUGAGGGCAGUCGGCUGGGCAGUGUAGGGCGGCAAACCCCACAGAGGAGUCUGGCAAUGGACAAUCAGGGUUAUGACAACAGUGACGUCACGGAAAGCUUCCCUACAUGGAGUCCUGAGCACGAUCAAUCUCCGUCUCACCCUUUGAGCUCUUCCCCUCGUGGCCAUAUUUCCAUAUGUGGUGACCUUAUAAUAGCUCUGGACUAUCGGGCUGAAACCCACCGGCUCCUGGUCACUGUGAUCAUGGCUCAAGGUAUUCCAGACAAGGCCCGCAGUGGCAUGGACUCCUGGCAGGUGCAUGUGGUGCUGUUACCUGGCAAACGGCAGCGGCACAAGACGGCCGUCCAAAAGGGCUCCAUGCCCAUGUUUGAGGAGACCUUCAGGUUCUCGCAUCUGGAGCCCGGGGAUUUGCCUUCAUCUGCUCUGCGCUUUCGGCUGUACGCGCUGGGGAAGAUGAACAGAGAGAGGAUGAUGGGAGAGACGCUGUACAGGCUGAGCCGACUCAAACACACAGGACGAUUCGAGACCACACUGGUGCUGGAGCCACACAGUAAUCUUAAGACGGUAGACGCGCAGACCUCUUUCAGCGCUCAGACUGACAGUGCUUCCUCCAGUCUGUCUGUGUCUCACGCUGGAAAUCCAGAACUGCUGCUGGGUUUAUCCUACAACGCCACCACAGGACGACUUUCUGUGGAGAUCAUUAAAGGCAGCCACUUCCGUAACUUCGCAGUCAACAGACCACCAGAUACAUUUGGUAAGCUCACUCUGUUGAACUCAAUGGGACAGGAGAUUUCCCGCUGUAAGACGUCCAUCCGUCGCAGCCAGCCCAAUCCUGUCUUCAAGGAGACAUUCGUCUUCCAGGUGGCUCUUUUCCAACUGUCUGACGUCACAUUAAUGGUCUCCAUUUACAAUCGGCGGAACAUGAAGCGUAAGGAGAUGAUAGGCUGGGUGGCUCUGGGCCAGAACAGCAGCGGCGAGGAGGAGCUUCUUCACUGGCAGGACAUGAAGGAGAGCGGAAACCAACAGGUCUGCCGCUGGCACACGCUGCUGGAUGCUUAGAGAGAAAUACAAUCACUCUUACCUAACUGCAUUCAGCUGGAUAUUCCUUUGGGAGGGAGAAGACAGCCAAGGCCAAAAAUACCCAGAAAAGCAGAGUGAGCAAGCAACUUUUUACAGUGUCAAACAAAGAUAAGGCAUGUAAUUGUGAAAGCACAUACAAACACCCACGUGACACUGUCUGAGAGCACUUAAUACAGCCUCUUAUCAAUGACCUCAUAUCGUGACAUACUCUUUAAAACUUCAGCAGCAGCCAAUCAAAAUGCAUUACUGCUCCAGCCAAGGUAAUUGUCACCUAGCGAGUUCAUGAAUGGAGAAAUGUCUUUCUUCCGAUGAUUUUAAGACUCAGAGCCACACCAAGGCCAUAUUUAGUGGAAAACGUGCACUUUCUUUUAUUCAUGCUACUGAUGACACAAAAGCUGUUUCCUUUUAUUAUGUUUAUAUUACAUUUUACAUCAAAAUAUGCUGCAAUUUGUAGUCAAGGACAGUGUUAUAAUAGAAGUUAGGUUCAGUAUAUGUUGGUGUUAAAAAGGGUGCACAAAUGAUCGUCUUCCACCACAGCAAAAAAAGGCAAUUAUGACCUUGUAACUCACAAUUACAAGUUUCGAUGACCUACUUCCUGUUUCCUACUUCUCAUAAUAGCAAGCUUACCAUAAAGAAAUAUGUGAGAAAUAUUCCUAAGAAAAAGUCAGAAUUGUGAGAAAUAUUCCUGAGAAAAAGUCAGAAUUGUGAGAAAUAUUUCUAAGAAAAAGUCAAAAUUGUGAGAAAUAUU